UUGUGAUUACGUUUUUACAUUAUUGGAGAUGGUUAUCCUAACCAGAAGCGACAUGUCAGACGGACACGCUACGCCCGAAUGGGACAUUAAUGACGCCGUCGUGCCCAGAGUGACGCAUUUUGACACAUUUGGAGAAUGGUGUGAUGGCCACGUCCGACGUGUUUAUCCUCCUGGCUGUGAGGAGGCAAGGCGGCAUGCUUCUGGCUGGGCAAUGAGGAAUACAAAUAACCACAACGUUCACAUUCUGAAGAAGAGCUGUCUUGGAGUUCUCGUAUGUUCUACGAGGUGUAGAUUGCCAGACGGUUCGCGUGUACAUUUACGACCAGCAAUUUGUGAUAAAGCAAGGAAAAAACAGCAAGGUAAACCAUGUCCAAAUCGGCUCUGCAAUGGCGGACGACUAGAAGUACAGCCCUGCAGAGGUCAUUGCGGUUACCCUGUAACCCAUUUCUGGAGACAUACAGAGCACGCAAUAUUCUUUCAAGCAAAAGGCUCCCACGACCAUCCUCGACCUGAAGCUAAAGGCGCAAGUGAAGUGAGGAGGACUCUGGGUGCGGGAAGGCGAGUGCGAGGCUUAGCUCUUCUACUAGCAAGAGAAGCAGCCAUCGCCGAUAAGAUCCUUAAUGUUAAGCCUGACAAGCAAAUGACACAAAAGACCAACCACCUUCAGCCUCCACCACUGAUUCCAGACAGCCAAAGAGGCUUAACUUGCACCUGUGGACCAUUUGAAUGCAACUGCCGUUGGCGUCACGAAAUCUCAAAUGAAACAUUUACGACAUCAACAUGGACCCAAUCCGAACAACCUUACACCUACGUAGCGCCCCCAGUAUCAGCCCCACAUCAACAACCAUACGAACCCAGUGCUCUACCAGCUGAUGAUAUUUUCCACCCGGAGGAAAUUUUCCAACUAGAUCAACCAAUACGACUCGAUUUCCCAAUGGAAGAGAACACCCUCGAAUCACCACCUACGUUCGCGGAUUUAAACAGCGAAAAUUCAAGGCCCGAAGAUUCGUAUUGGUUUGAAUGGCAACGAGCGGCCGGAUCCGAAUCCAGCGAAACCUCAUCACCCGAGCUCUUUGGAACCGGAUACCAACUGGAGUACUGUGAUCAACAGGCGUAUCCUCAGCAAUAUUACCCAGAGGAGGCACAGUACUAUCCAAUUGACACGAGAGAAUCACCGGUGGAAAUGGAAGACCAACGUUUUUACAGAUAUAGCCAGGAUUGUUCCCAAGCCAAUGUUGAGAUGCACGCUUGGAACUAUACGGAUUGCGCGUUUAACACGCUUAAUACGCAGGAGUGUAAGCAGUAUUAUGACGCCCAAAACUCACAAGCCAGCGCAUUUGGCGGCUUAUUAUAA